GGGGAGUGGUGCUGGGUGACUCCCCGCCCAGGUAAACCCCUCCCGGGGCAAAAAAAAAAAAAAAAAAAAAAAAAAAAAAGGAGGGGGGAAAAAGGGACCCGACCCCCGCUCCAGCCAGUUGUGGUUUGCCGCUUCUCGGCUGUGCAGCAGCAUCGUUUCGUAGCCGAUAAAGGAGAAAGCGACCGCGCCGUGGGAGCCGCCGCGGGGGGAGCCGCGGAGCCCAAGUCCCCGUUGACCUCGAGAACUGGGGAGAGGGUGGGAAAAAAAAAAAAAAAAAAAAAAAAAAAAAAAAAAAAAAAAGAGAAAACAACAAAACCGCUGAGCAUCAACUGCGACGGGAGCCGGGGGCCGGCCCGACCUCUGCCCGCCCCGGAAAGGGCCGCGCUCUGCGCUGCGCGCAGUCCCGCGGAGCCGGGCGCGGAGCGGCCACGGCCAUGGAGCUGCGCUGGGUCUGCGCCGUGCUGCUGGUCCUGCCCGGAGCGUGGGGUGAGUGCCCGCAGCCGCCCAGGUUUGCCUUUGCGGAGCCCCUCACGCCCCCGGAGCAGUCCUACGCCGUGGGGGCCACGCAGAGGUACAGGUGCCGCCCGGGGUACACAGUGGCCAGGGACAAGGCCCCCGUGGUCACCUGCCUCGACAACUCCACCUGGUCAGAGAACCCCGACUUCUGCAUCGGGAAGUCGUGCGGUCCAGUGGACAUCCCGAAUGGCAAGUUUAACUACACGACCAACCUCCUGUUUGGGGCGACAAUAACCUACACCUGUGACCUCGGGUACCGAUUAAUUGGAAAGUCAUCUGCAAAAUGUGUACUUGGAAACAAUGAAGUUGUUUGGGAUAGCAAUCCAUACUGUGAGAUUAUUCCCUGUUUACCACCUCCUGUGAUCAAGAACGGGCAGGUCACUGAUGGGGACAGAGACUUCACCUUUGGCAUGGCUGUAACCUACAGCUGCAACAAGGGGUUUUCUCUUAUUGGAGAUGCCACGAUUCACUGCAUGACGGAUGACAACCUCAACGGAGUGUGGAGUAGUCCAGCCCCUGAAUGCAAAGUGGUCAGAUGUAAAAAUCCAGAAGUGAAAAAUGGGAAAAAGUUAUCUGGCUUUGGCACUGAGCACACGUAUAAAAAUUCAGUGACUUUUGAGUGUAAACCUGGUUAUUUAUUGAAUGGUAGUAAUGUAGUUACUUGUGAAGCAGAAAACACCUGGAAGCCACCUCUGCCAACAUGUGACCCAAUCUUCUGUGGUCCUGCCCCACACUUCCCUUUCGCUGAGUUAACAAGCACCGUGGGUAACAGCUCUCUUGCUGAAACUAAGCUGAGCUAUCGGUGUAAACCGGGUUAUACUGCAGCAAGUGGGAAGACCUCUGUUGUCACUUGUCUGAUUGAUAAAACCUGGUCUGCAGACCCAGACUUCUGUAUACGACAGCAAUGUACUCCUCCCACGAUAGCGAACGGGGACGUGAUUGCGGACAAUUUCCUGUUUGAGACAGUUGUGACGUUCACCUGUCAUCCUGGGUAUGAAUUAAAGGAGUCAUCUUCUGCCAAAUGUGUGGUAUCAGGAAAUGGAGUUGAUUGGGAUACAGCACCUCCGUACUGUGAAAGAGAGCUCCCUGACAUUCUCUGUGAAGAGCCCCCCACGAUUGACAAUGGGAUGCACAACGGCACAAAGGGCAGAGACUUUGGCCACGGCUCUGUUGUAGUCUAUAAAUGCAGCGAUGGCUUCAGCCUUGUUGGGGCAGCCCUUCUUCAGUGUGUUGCAGGAGAUCAGUAUGGGGGUGUCUGGAGCAAGCCUGCUCCUGAAUGCAGAGGUGGAGCGAACAUGAUCAUUGUUGGAAUCUUCCCCCUCCUCCUGGCGAUGCUGAUUAUGAACGUCUAGAUGAGGGAACGGGCACAGCGGGGAAGGGGUCUGUAGACUUAAUCACGCUGAUCCCAGCGCCCUGCUUUUCCCUCCUGUGAAAUUGGCCUUGAAGCAGCGACCAGCAGACCUCGGCCGGCGAGGCCCCGCUGCCCCGUGUCGCUGCCCGGGAAGCGCUCGCGCUUUUGGGCGCGGGGCUGGGGGGAUCUCUGCCACCCAGCUGCGAAUGCCCUUCGGAAAUGGAGUGCGGUUAUCCCCCGGCGAAGUCGCAAUGAUGCCAAAGACCUUCCCGCUGCAAUAGAGUCGGCUCAAGAAAACCCUGCACUUUGGGUAGCUCCGCAUGCUCAGUUUCUCAGCCCUGCUAAGUUCAUGUUGUGCCUGGUCCUAACCAAGAUUCAGGGAUUUCUUAAGUGUCCUGAGGUAGGAAGUGCUGCUGCUGCCGAGAGGAUUAACAGCGAAUGUCUUCACGUGAGUGAUGAAUAUCUAAAAAAAUUAUUUGAUACAAAUGAGUAUAAUUGGUCAGUACUAAAAGCACUGAAAAUGUUCAUAUAAAAGGACAGUUGCAGCCGUUACUUCAAGGCAAGACUGUGCAAACAGCAAUCCUUACAGAUCAUUAAUUUUACCAGAGAGAAAAAAAUAUAAAUGUCAUAUUACAGAGAACUACUAUUCUGACUCUUCCUGUAUGUACUAAAAUUACUUUUAAACUUCAGCUGAAGGUCUCCGCCCCGCCACUGUCUUUGUAUCACGUCGAGGCUUUUCCGCAGGUACCUUGCAGGAAACACCCUUCUCGUCUCUGCAGUGACUCAGUGCUUCUCCUGAAGUGCUGAAGCUUUCGGUGAGCUGCGAGCCCCGGGGGAUCGCAGCUGGGUGGGCGCUCGUGGGCAGCGGAGCUUGUCCGUAGGCAGGUGGUGUCCGGGCCGAAUGCAGAACCCGCAGGUGUUGCGGCAGAUGCCACCAGUCCUCAGAAAGUGGCUGCGUGUGAACUUUUUCACUUUCUGCUGGGAUGCCGCCUGCCUGGGGCGACGCCGAAGCAGGGAAUCGCCGUCUGACUUUGCACCUAAAAGGCGUUUUCAGGUGGUGCUGUGCACCCCGACCGUGCUGGCUCCUGCCACGGGUUGGCCAGGUGCCAGCUCAGCCCCGGGGCGCCUCGGGGCCGCUGUGAUUCUGGGGAGAGAACACAGGUUUUUGGCUUCUUGCUCCGCUCGCUGCAGGGCUGGUGAGCAGCUGCACGGCGCGACUGUUGCUCUGACGCUGCGCCCGAAGUAGGCAGGGAGGCACAUCAAGGCAAAGCCUUAAUUCACUCCUCCGUGGGGAACAGGACGCAAACCCCACGUCUUGUGUGCUUUGUUUUCGUCCUGUCUGACCUGACCUAGUUGCCCACUGUGGUGAGGAUGGAUUGCGAGGGCGGGUAGAGGUGAGCAAGGAAUCGUGCUGUCCCCAACUUGAGCCAGGCUUUGGCAGUGCCACGAGGACAGCUCGGGUGAUGGGACCUCACUCGCCUUGUUUAAACCAAAGGCGCGGGCAAAAGUGCCCUUGAUUUGUUUGGCUGAUAGAAAGCCCAUGUUGUGAUGUUGGUGUUGGCUCCCCGAUCACUUAAUAAGCAAAAGAGGUUUGUAGCAUCUCGUAAAAUGAAGUAAAGAUUUGAAGGUUUCGUGGGAAUCCUGCUUAGAAGGGAAACAAAACUGUGAUGGGAUUUAAACUUGUUAAGCCUGAAUCCAGAUUGAGACACUAGGACUUUCAGCUGCUGGUAAAGCAAGGUUUUGACGUUUCGGGUUUUGUCUGAUGCAGAGGUGAAUCACCCAUCUGUGAGCUUCUCAUGAUGUGCCUUGGGAAUGGGAAGUAUUCAAAAUGUGUCUACUAUAUACUUUUUGUUUCUGCGUUUUCAUCAGUGCUUUCCUGUUAACAGGAACAUGCAUCUAAUUAGAGGGAAAACCACAAAUAUGCAUUUCCAUCAACACAUUAGUCUUGUUCCGAAUAGACCCGCAAAGUUCUCCCUUCCCAGCAGAGCACUGCCCUGUUCAGCUGUCCCUGGGGUACCACGAGAUACUGUUUUCGGAAGCCAGUCUUGCAAAACAAGCACUUGGAGUUUGCUGGUUAUUUUUAUGUAUCUCUUACCAUAAGCAAUGUGAGUGACUAGAACAAAACACAAAUGUAAAGCCCUGUAGUUUGGUGCUGUGUUCUGAUUUGUUAUUUUAAUCCCAGCACAAUUACUCCUACUGCAUAGUCCAGAGUGGUUUUUCCAAAUGAUUUAAGACCUGAUUUAGCAAUCAGCUUGAAAACAAUCUCCCUGCAACCAAACUGUGAAUGCUGUGACGGAGCUUACGGGUGUUUGUAAUUGAGUUGUACAUAAUUUUACCUUGUAAUCUGAGUGUAACCUAUCAAGUGCAAUUAUGAAGUAUAAAUGUUGGAUAUGUAAAUAUUGGAAGCUCGUUGUCAAUAAAACAGAUAAAAAGACUCGA